AUGCCGAAUUUGGAAGUUCAAAAUCUUUCGAUCCAACAGCUGGUCACUCUUGUCAGUUCUAAGGUAAACGAAAAUGACGGAGAGGAAUUAAAGCGCCGUGAAGAUUUAAUCAUGGAGAUGGCCAAGAAAAUGUCGCAAGCCAAUGAUAUCGAAGGUUUAACGAAAUUAUUAACUUCGCUGAGGCCACAUCUGCUUUCUUACGGUAUGGCAAAAGCUGUAAAAUUGAUUCGUAAUAUAAUCGACUGGUGUCUGAAAAUUGGAAGAGAUUCCGACUUUAAGCUUGCAUUAUGCAUGGAAUAUAUUCACUGGGCAAAGCAACAAAAUCGAAUAUUUUUACGGCAUAUGCUUGAAGUACGACUGAUGCGUUUAUUAAAUGAAAUAGGACGACACACCGAUGUAUUAGCUAUGGGCGCAAAAUUGAGGAAUGAGUUGAAGAAAGUUGAAAAUAAGGAUAUCCAAUUGGAAGUACAUCUGGAAGAAAGCAAAGCCGCAUUUGCGCUUAACAAUUUGAAUCGUUCUCGUACUGCUCUCGUGGCUGCACGAACUAUAGCCAACUCUUUAUCCAUUGAAACUAAAUUACAGGCUCAACUUGAUAUGGAGUCAGGAAUACUGAACAUGGCGGAAGAUCAUGAUUUCAAAACGGCUUACUCAUAUUUUUAUGAAGCAUUUGAAAAUUUUGACAUCAAUGAGGAUGAAGUCAAUGCUCGAAAAGCUCUUAAAUAUAUGUGUCUUGCAAAAAUUAUGUUAAACGAAGAAACAGAAGUGCGAUUAUUGCUGUCCAGCAAACAAGCAGCGAAAUAUUCGGACCGCGGUCUUGAUGCCAUCAAAAAUAUAACAGCAGCAUUUGAGAAUCGUUCACUGCAAAAUUAUUACAAGGUAAUUGAAGAAUAUAAUGUAGAACUUCAAUCAGAUUUAAUAAUCCGCAGAUAUGUUGAUUCUCUUGCCGAUACAGUACUUGAAAAGGACAUCAAUCGGGCCAUUGAACCUUACUCUCUCAUUGAAAUGGCUACACUAGCGAAAAAUAUCCGCAUUCCAGUUGAAAGAAUUGAAAGGAAAUUGGCCCAAAUGAUUCUUGAUAAAAAAUUCCAAGGCAUGAUCGAUCAACAGGAUGGUACAUUAACAGUGUAUAAUUUUCCACAUGAUGUACAAACGAAAACAUUCAUUGCAUCGACAGAAGUCAUACGUUGUCUAUCUGAGACAGUUGAUGAGAUCUAUUCCUGUGCAAAUACACUUUGA